AUGGCGUCGUUUUCGCGUGCGAAUCGUCUUCUGCUAGCUGCUAUCUUCGCUGCGUGCCUCACCAGCAACAUCUGCCUCCACGUGGAGUCUCUGCGCCUACCGCUCGCCACCCUGGCAACCAAGAUUAACAGCGACGACCAGAUGGUUCUGGAGGACUUGGUGAGCGCGUGGAGUGACUUCACGGGAUCUGACACGUGGAAGGACGCGGACAAGAAGUGCGACCACUACGUGGGCAUCGAGUGCGCCGACAACGGCCAUGUCAUCAACAUGACGAUCCCGGACGCCGGCGCGUCGGGAGCCAUCGGCGUACUGACGAAGCUGCAGAGCCUCAAGUACCUUGAUCUCUCUGGCAACAACAUCACUGGGUCCGCCGCGUCUCUCUCCAAAAUCACCGCCCUCUCCUACAUAGACGUGUCGGGCAACAGCAACCUGAACACGGGGUUCUCGUCACUCACCAACCUCAAGCAGCUCAAACACCUGUCAGUCACCCGCCGUCUCUUCCCUCCCUCCCACCCAUCGCCCUUCGACGCCUCUCCACGCUUCUCAGCCCCUUCAUCUCAUACCCGCGCCUUCCGCUUUCGAUCAGUUGUUUGCUCGCUUUUUAUUUCUUCUUCUUCUUUCUUUCCCUCCAUGUACUCUCCUCCAUUUCCCUUGACACACCUCCUGUGCUUCAUUGCUCCUCCCCUGCAUUCGGGAUGUACAUCCAACUCAACCUCAAUGCAUCUCCUCCUCCCUACCCUGUCACCCGCCCACUCCCUGCCAUUGCUCAUCCUCGUUAGGGACAUCGCCGACACAGGCUAUGAGGGCUCCAUCUCCACCUUCGUCUCCAAGCUCACAGACCUCACUCACCUCGACAUGAGCUCCAACUCCCUGACAGGCUCCAUCCCCGACUUCAUCAGUACUCUGCAGAAGCUCGUGUACCUUGGGCUGGCAGCCUCGGGGGAGGAUGGGCUCAAGGGGACCCUGCCCUCCGGCCUGGGGAAGCUCACCCGCCUCAACGAGCUCUACCUGCAUCGCAGCGGCCUGAGCGGCCCUGUCAGCGUGCUCACAUCCCUCACCAAACUCAACCGCCUGCUGUUGGGAGACAACAACUUCAACGGCUCCUUCCCUCAGGGCUUCUCCAAUCUCAAGAGCCUCAACUACCUGAGCAUGCGUUACAACGGCUUUGAGGGUCGCAUUCCCAACGUCAUCAGCACUCUCACCAAGCUCACGUACCUGUACGUACGCUGCACCCUCCCGGUGCUCGCCUACUCACGCCCACCUUCCACUUCUCCCCUUCCCAUUCCCACUCCAUUAGUGCGUUUUCUCACUCUCUCCUAUCCGUGCUGUUUUCCUCCUGCGCGCCUGUCAGUACAUCCCGCCCCCAACCCCUCUCCCGUGUCUCGCCUCUGCGUGAAAACCCCUGGCAGCUCGCUGAACAGCAACAACUUCAAGGGCCUGAUCCCCCGCACCAUCACCGCGCUUACCAAGCUCAGCAACCUGUGCGCUCCCCUCCCUCCCUGCUUAACCUUGCUUCUCCUCACUGCCCUUCAACUCCCUUCCCCUGACAACUAUCUUGAUGGCUACGUGCCCUCGUUCUCAUCCCUCAAGAAUCUCACUGAAGUGGACCUGAGUGCCAACUACUUCACCGGGCCUCCUCCCAGCUUCUACAAGGCCCCUACCACGGUCAACCUCGAUGACAACUACUUCUUUGGUUCUUCCCUGCCCAAAGACAAGGACGGGAAGACCAUUUGCGCGGCAUCUCUGGCCAAGAACUGCCUGACCAUUCCCUCCUCAGAGGACGAUUCCCAGCCUGACGAUUGCUGCACCAAGUCAUCGCAGAGGACUCCUGCUGCGUGCAACAAGUUCUGCGGCACUUCUGGGAACGUGCAGUGCGGUGGCAUCCGCAUUGGCAUCUGCUACCCGUCGGAUAAGGUUGUGGAGACCAGCGGGAGUACUAUUGAUCCUGGAUGCCUUUGCGCCAAUGGGUGGAAGGUGUCUGGUGAUAAGCAGAAGUGCACCAAGUGA